AUGGAAACUUCAACAGCAAUAGCAACAACAGGACAGGAGGUAGAGCUUGGAUACAACUCUCAACUUCCAUCUUUUGUUAGGGACGGUAUCAAGGAGGAAAUUUCUAAUUGGAAGAAUGAAAUUAUUGAAGGCUUUAAAAAAGUUGAUGGAUUAUUGUUGAGUUCGGAUGAAAAAGAUGAAAAUACGAUCAAGCCUAAAUGGUUUACUAUUUUAAAUUCAUCUAUCAAAUUAUUUCAUAGAUAUAUAACUAAUACAAAGUAUCCACUAAAUGUUUCUGAAAGAGUAGUCAUAUUUGAACUUGCUCUUAAUAUUCUCAUCAACAAGCAAUUAGAUUUAUAUUUGGAAUUAAAAGCAAAGUUAGCUAAUUUAAUCAUUAUUUUGAUGAAAAACAAGUACCAUAAAUUAUUACAACAAAAUAUAAAACCAAUCACUUGUUGGAAGAGAUUAUACGAAAUGUUAAGAAGUGUUUAUUUUACCAAGAAUAGAUGUAUUAGUUAUAAUCCAUCAGGAUCUUUCGGAAAGUCUAUUGUCAAACUUGUUUGUAAAUUGAGAAAUAAUUUUGCAAGUGAAACUACUGAGGAAGUUUUGAAUGAAUUUACCCCAAGACUCUAUUUCAGUGACUCAGAGUUCUUUAUUUCUCAAGCAUUUUUAUGCUUAUUCUUGCCUUCCAAUACUUCUGUUGAAGUUAUUGACAAGUGGUUCAAUCAAGUAUUGGCCAUGUGGGAUUGGAGAUCAAAUUCACCAUUCUAUGAUUUAAAUAUUGUUUCUUUAUUGUACAGAUUGGUAAAAGACCAAGAUGGUAAAAUUGAUUUCAAACCUCAUUUAGAUUUAAUAUUUACUAGAAUGUUACGAUCAAUGGAUUUAAACAUUGGGUCUAAUAUUACAAGUAGCAGUGUUGCAUCUGGUGUUGCAACUUCUAAACUUGCUAAAAAUGUGCAAGGAGGAUCACAAAACUCAACAGCUGGCAUGAUUCAAGUUUUAACAGCUGCCAGUGGAUAUUCAUAUCAUAGCUAUCCAAAUAAUAAUUGUUCAAUCUUCUGGAAAUUGUCCGAUUUGAAGAACUUGCUAAUGCAAUAUAACUCUCAACUAAUUUCAUAUUUAUUACUAUCAUUCCCUACUGAAACUUUAACUUAUUUAAGAAGAUUAUUCCAAUCUAUUGACCAAUACUAUUACCCAAGUAAUAAUGGUGAAUGGUCUAGACCAUUGAGUAUUUUCAUUUCAGAACUAUUCCGUAAUGUUUCUUUGAACACUAAAGAAAGUAGCAAAGAUCUAGUGGUCAGUGACGACACUAUUGAAGAAUUAAUUAGAAUAGUUUUCCCUUCAUGUAAAAUGGCUCUCUUCUCCAAGUCAGUUAAGGUUUCAAAGAAUGCUAUUCAAGCUAUCAAACAUAUUUGUUUUAUUAGACCAUCAUGUAUUGUACAGGAAUUGUUUGAAAUUGUUUUCCAUGCUUUGCAAACUUUGACUGAAGUUCACCAAAUCUCAGUUGCUUUGGAACUGUUAAAUACCAUUAUUAUACCAUUAUUGUACCAUUCUAUUCCAGAAGUUAAAGAUUAUAUGGCUGAUUUGUUGAAUAUGGCACUUUUGGGUAUCGAUACAAACGAUAGCCAAAAAACCUCUCUCACAAUUUCCUUCUUGAACACUCUAUUCUCAAUUAUGCCUAUUAUUUCCAACAACCAAUUUGUUGAAGGAACUCCAUACGUAGUUGAAUUGUAUCAAGAUUUUGCUUUAGAGUUUGUGAGAAGAGUUUUGCAUGUUAUGGGCGAAAUGACGACACACAAGGAAGAAAGUAAGGAACAAAAGGAAGUUUACAAUCACUUGUCUAAAUCAAUUGUAUUAUUCUUCCAACAAUUGUCUCCAAACUUGCACAAGCAAUGUCUCAACAAGAUAAUUUCCUAUUUACAAGACGAGUUUAAACCUGCUGCUGUAAAGCAAAUUGGUGAAAUUGCUAAUUGUUCCGUUAAUUAUUUCAAUAAUGGAGAUGAUACCUAUGAUCCAUUUGGAUUGAUGAUGAACUCUCUUAUUUCCAGAAUCACUAAUCAAAAAGGUGAAUUGAAGGAUUUACAUGAUAAUGAAAUGGAUUACUAUGUUCACUUGUUAGCUAAAGUUGUUAAGGGAAAUAAUCAAACAUUCAAACAUUGCGAUAAGCUUUUGCAAAUCUUGAAGCUCACUUGGAAUUCUGAAUCCAAAUCCAUUGUUAAAUCAUCUGGCAAACUUUUGAAGAAUAUUUUGCAAAGUUUAACAACAGUUUACAUUUUAGAAAAGAGAAGUGUACCUCCAAAUGUUUGGCGUAGUGAAGAUUUCCAAAAGAACCACUUUAAAUAUUGGGGUCAGCUCUACAAUUCCAAGAAUGUUGAUGCUCAAUGGCACGUUCCGAAUGAAUCUGAACUUGAAAAGGCAACCACUAUUUUCAAUGAUUAUUCAAGGGAGUGCUUUACCACUAUCAAGAAUGCUACAACCAAUCAGGUUACUAGAGAUCAAUUGCUCAAUGCCUUGUUGAAGGCUAAAUAUAUUCUCAAGGGUGCCUCUUUAAUGUUAGAUGAAAUUAGAGAUGGUCAACUUCCAGAAUAUACCAAACAAAUUGUCAAAGAUUUCUCAAACACCAAUGCUGGUUGUAUUGUUAUUCCGAAUGACAAGUUGGAAUUCACCAGAAACGACAUACUUGUAUUAUUACAAAAAUUAUUGGCUGACUUUGUUCAAAAUCAAUCAGUUACCAGUGACGACUCAAAGAAGAAUGAUGUUAGAGUCUUGAUUGCGUUAACCAAGGCUAUUCAUAUUUGUGCUGCCUAUAGAAGUUUGAGCUUUACUAAAAUGGUGAAUAUGGCAAAGAUUUGGUCACUUUUGAAGCUUCACUUCUUUAAGAGUACUGUCAAGAAGUUGUUCCCAAGAUGUUUCAUCUUGGAUAGAUGCCAAAUGUUAUUCAUUUCAAGAGUUUUCCAAAGAACUAUUCCAUGUACACAAGUUCACUUGGAUGCCUUGGAAAGCUUGAAAAUUCUCUCUACCAGUUGUGAAUAUGCCAAAGUAAGAUCAAGAGCACAAACAUCUUUCAUUGGAAUUUUGAAGUUGUUUAACAAUUCUACAUUCGAAAAGUUUGUUACACCAAUUAUUGAAACACUUUCAAAUAGGGAUUCUACACAUGCUAUGAUUAAUGGUUCCAUUUUCCUUUUGGAAAAGUCUUCAGUUAUUAGAAGAGUAACAGAUAGUUGGGUUUUAAUUUCUAAACUCCUUCCAUCGAUCUGUAAUUGUUACCAUGUCGACAAAUCAUCAAUCCAGAAGAGAUUGUAUGGACUCUAUAUGCAAUAUAGCACAGCAUUCAAAGAGUUACCAAUUAAUAAUCAAAAGACAUUGCAAUACUAUAAUGAUACAGUGAACAGCUUGGUUAAUUUAUCAUACCAACUAUCACAAUCAUUAUUCUGGAACUAUCAAUUGAUUACUAUUUCAUGCUUGAAUUUAUUGAUUCGUUCUGAUAAGUCAAUUAUUUUACCUAUUGAAGCAAUCAAAUGUUUCAUGAAUAAUCUUGUCAGUGAUCAUGUACCGCUCAGAUUACUGUGUAUGAAGGCAUUAGAUUUUAUUUUCACUCAAUAUAAGCCUAUUCAACCUAGAAUUGAAAUUACUGAUUCAACACAAAUCGAAAAGGUUGCUAGACAUCACAAAGCUAGUGCUACCAUUCAAGAUAUUGCUACCCAAGAAGAAUUUGAAAAGACCUUGUUCCUUGACAAGUAUUAUAUUGGCUGGAAUGCUAUGCCAAAGAGUAUGGUCACCUAUGAUUACACUAAGGAAAGAAUUUUCAAAGAUGAAACUGUGCAAUUACAACAACUGAUUCGUAACACCAUGUUCCAAGAAGAAUAUCUUUCCAAAGUGUUUUCAUACUUCUCAGAUGAUACAAAUGGACAAUCUAACAAUAGAGCAUUCACUAAAGCUCACGCUCAAAUGUUCAAAGGUUUCUUCCAAAUUAUGGGAAUUGAAGGUUUGAAGGUUAUUGAAAAACAUUUUGAACAUUUGCUUUCAGCUUCUGGCACUGGUAAUGCUGACGAAUUUUCAAAGAUUUGUUUUGCUUCUGAAAUAUUUGCAGGUGUUUGCAGAGGAAGCAAACAUUGGAAAUUUAAUGACAGAAAACAAGCUCAAGACUACUUGUUCGAAAAGAUUUCAACUGUAAUUGAUUCUUGUUCACCUCAAUGUAUUGAAAGUGGUUUGAGAUCAUCCUUCCAUUUCUGCAUGUUUGAUGCUGACGGCAGAAGAACCAAGCCAUUGGUAGACUUCCUAACUGGAAAAGUUAACUUGGAUUAUGGUCUUGCUGCUGUUCAAAUGAAGGUAUUACAGUUGGUAUUCUUCACCCUCGCCGAACUUGAUUGGAGACUUGUUAAACUUUUGGAAAAUUUCAUUGAAGAAAAGCUUUUUAACCAUCUCUCACAUCCAUACCAACAAAUCAGAGAGCUUAUUGCAAGAAAUGUAUCUCUUGUAUUUUUGAAGUCUUGGAAUCCUGUUAGAGAUGAAAACUAUUUGCCAAAGUCACCAUCCAGUGGAGGUCAACAAAGUCUAUUUGCCCAAUUCUUGAAUGAAUUAAUCUCCAACAAUGCUACUAAAUUCAAUAUGGAUGAGAAUGGAUUGCUUUCUCUUCCAAGUAAUAUUUUCAAUAUUGUACAAACAGAUAUGAACAGAUCAGAAUUUAUCCAAAACAAACUCAUUCCAAAAUUGCAAACAGAAUUCAGCAAACUCUAUCAAGAAUAUACUCAAAAAUUGUCUGAAAAAUCUGCCGAACAAUCACACAAGACAAAACCAUCUCAAGAAGAAAUGACAUUCAAAUCACUUUGUAAGACAAUUAUUGAAUCCAUUGGAACUUCGAUGAUGUUUGGAAUUACUGUCACCCUACCUUACUUUAAUUCAAUUCUCCCACUUUUCUUGCAAUGCUUCACAUGCUCAAAUGAUACUGACAUUACUAUUAGUGCUUCAGGAAUUAUUGCAAGAAUUGGUGCAUUCUUAAUUCCUGCCUUUAUGGUCAAGGAAUUAUUGUACAGUUUAAUGUUUAUUCAAAAGUUGCUCAUGACCAAUCAAGCCAACACCUCAAGUAGAAAGGCCAGAUUAGUUCUUUGUUUCUUCCUUCAAAAGUUUGCCUUUAAACAUCAAUUCUUUAUUUUAGGAACCUCAGCUGAGAAUGAUUUCUAUAACCAUUUACUCUUGUUGCUCAAGGAUAAGACUGUUGAAGUUAAGGAUAUGGCAUGCAACACAUUGGCUGGUUUCAUCAAAAUUGCAUCCGAUGAUAGAGUUGAAAUUAUCAAUGCUCAUUUCUCUGCCGAACAUCAAAAGCAUUUUGCCACUAAAAAGUCAGGCAACGUUGAACAAAUUCAAAAGUUGGACGCAAACUAUGUUUCUGUUGGUUUGAGUGCUUUGGCUAAAGCUUUCCCAUACAGCAUUCCACCAUUUGUUCCACAAGUACUUGUGAAAUUAUCAAGAUUCAGUUCUUAUCAAAAAUCGGAACAAGAAACUGUUGAUAUUCAAUUCUUGAGUGAUACUAUUAAGAAUACUUUUACUCAAUUCAUGAAGACUCACCACGAACAAUGGGAAGAACACAAAAAACAAUUCACAGAAGAUGAGCUCUACACUGUUAAUCAACUUUUAUAUUCACCAGUUUAUUAUGCUUAAAUUUGUAGUGAAGAAAGUAUUUUCGAAACUGUUGGAUGACCUAAUAAAAUCAAAUACAUAAAUUCUCUAUU